GAGAGUGAACCAGUGGGUGAUUCAUGAUCAGAGUGUUUCGACCUAAGAACACAAGAGGUCAUAUACCUGCUUUCUGGAUUGAGAAUUAUUCACGUACACUGCAUAAAGGAAGCAUUAUGCCAGCUUGCAACAAUGGACAACUGCAUAGAAUUCUAAUUUUCAUAAUUAUUUUGGUCAUCACUGCAAUCUUACUGUUGGUAUACGUCAAGCAGUUAAACGGAUGGAUUUACAUUCCUGUGGAAUCAGCCACAAAACUUCCAAGUCUAAAAAUCACCUUUUCUCAAAACACUGAGGAGGAGAACAGAACUAUUGUGCUCAUUUGGAUGUGGCCUUUUAAGCAGGUUUUUAGUCUCAAUUCUUGUAAAUCAAGGUUCAACAUCCAUGGCUGCCAUUUGACUGUUGAUAGAAAUCUGUAUAACAAAUCCCAUGCUAUCAUUGUGCAUCACAGGGACAUAAGUAAGCACCUUUCCAACCUGCCCAAACAGCCACGGCCACCAUUGCAGAAAUGGGUUUGGAUGAACAUGGAGUCACCGAUCCACAGUCCAAAGAUGAACGGGCUUGGCCAACAAUUUAACCUAACCUUAACAUAUCUUCGCGGUUCAGAUAUUCAAGUGCCUUACGGUUCUCUGAUUAUGAGUCCAGAUUCUUCAGAUUUUAAAGUUCCCAAUAAGAGCAAGCUAGUGUGUUGGGUUGUGAGCCACUGGAAUCCUAAACACAGAAGAGUAAAUUACUAUAAAGAACUGAUCAAGUACAUUGAUGUCUCUGUGUAUGGGCGCGCCUUUGGGAAAUAUAUCAACAAGAAUGAUUUCACACCAUUUAUAACUAGUUGCAAAUUCUACCUUUCCUUUGAAAACUCAAUCCAUAAGGAUUACAUUACUGAAAAGCUUUAUAACCCUUUGCAAACAGGCACAGUGCCUGUGGUCUUGGGCCCGUCCAGAGAAAACUAUGAGAUCUUUGUACCAGCAGAUUCUUUCAUUCACGUAGACGAUUUUACAUCAGCUAAAGAACUGGCAGGGUACCUGCACCAUCUUGAUAAAGACCAAGAAUUGUACAUGACCUACUUUAAGUGGAGGAAAUACUACAGAGUGCAGAUGGCAGACUGGGAGCUAAGGGCAUGUGCUAUUUGUGAACAUGUAAAACGAGAAAACAACUAUAGGUGUGCUCGAAACUUGGAGAAAUGGUUUUGGGAUUGAACUCAGCUGAAAAUCAACACCAGUGAAUAUUCUGGACGAUUUUCUCU